AUGACCAAGGGUAGCUCUAGUGGCCCGCAGAGGCAGAACACAGUUCCUAUAAUUCAGGAUCUCGAGGGAACGGAUUUCGAUAUCCCACCGCCCGCUUACGGGGACCACCAUGAUCAACUGCAGCUCUCCCAAGCUGGCUUUGCCGCCGGCGCGGCUGUUACAGACGACGGCCGCGUGAACAUCAACAUCAGCGAAAAGAAUCGACGCCUAUCCCAGCUGCUUGGCCCAGCUCUACAGAGGCAGCUCCUUACUGAUACCCGGGCCCCCUCCGAGCCCCUACCACCAGCGUACAUCCCUCCAAGCCUAGGAGGGCAGCCCGGCCAAACAUCCCCUCCCCGCCUGAAUGUGGUGAUCCAGAUUGUUGGCUCCAGGGGCGACGUUCAGCCAUUCGUUGCCCUGGGUCAAGUCCUCCGCGACACAUAUGGCCACCGCGUGCGCCUGGCGACACAUGCGACUUUCAGAUCCUUUGUCGAGGAAAAUGGGCUCGAAUUCUUCAACAUUGGCGGAGAUCCCGCCGAGUUGAUGGCCUUUAUGGUCAAGAACCCAGGACUGAUGCCUGGCCUGGAGACCAUCGCGAGCGGCGAGAUCAAGAAGCGCCGCCAAGGCGUCGAGCAAAUCCUCAAUGGCUGCUGGCGGUCCUGUGUUGAGGCUGGAAACGGCAUGGGGGCUCCUCCGCCGCCGCGCAGGGCAGAUGAGACGGCAGAAGAGCAGCUCGUGCUGCCCGGAAGCCUGAGCGACCGGCCGUUUGUUGCGGACGCCAUCAUCGCUAACCCUCCCAGUUUUGCGCACAUCCAUCUCGCCGAGAAGCUGGGCAUCCCGCUGCAUAUGAUGUUCACCAUGCCCUGGACGCCGACCAGAGCAUUCCCUCAUCCUCUGGCCGACAUCGCUUCGACGAACGCUGACGACGCCAUGACCAACUAUGUUUCAUACGCUCUAGUAGAAAUGAUGACUUGGCAGGGAUUGGGUGAUAUGAUCAACCGAUUCCGAACUCACGUUCUGGACUUGGAACCCAUCUCAUUGCUGUGGGCCCCAGGGUUGCUUACAAGGCUGCGGAUUCCUACCACGUACUGCUGGUCGCCAGCUCUGACACCGAAACCUGCCGACUGGGCCAAAGAGAUUACCGUAGCGGGCUUCUACUUCCUCAACCUGGAGUCCGCGUACACGCCGGAGCCGGAUCUAGCCGCCUUUCUCCAGGCAGGACCGCCGCCUGUCUACAUCGGCUUCGGAUCAAUCGUCGUCGAUGAUCCAGACGCGCUCACCAGGACCAUCUUCGAGGCUAUUGCUAGGACUGGAGUAAGAGCUCUGGUGUCCAAAGGAUGGGGCGGGAUAGGUGGUGAGGCGAUGGGUCUUCCCGACGGCGUGUUUAUGCUCGGAAACUGUCCCCACGACUGGUUGUUUAAGCAUGUCUCUGCCGUCGUUCAUCAUGGCGGCGCAGGGACUACCGCUGCUGGUAUCAAAGCUGGAAAGCCAACCGUUGUGGUGCCCUUUUUCGGGGACCAGAUAUUCUGGGGUUCAAUGAUUGCUAGAGCCGGGGCAGGACCUGUUCCGAUUCCCUACAAGAAGCUAACCUCUGAGAAUCUAGCAACAGCGAUCGAGACGGCACUGAGACCUGAGUGCAAGGCUCGAGCCCAACAGUUGGGCGAGAAGAUCAGAGAGGAAAAGGGCACUGACGUUGGGUGCACGAGCUUCCAUCAAUUCCUAAACAUUGACAACAUGAGGUGCUCGCUGGCUCCUAGCCGGGCCGCCGUAUGGCGGGUGAGGAGAACGAAGAUCAGGUUGAGUGCUCUGGCGGCAACCGUGUUAGUGAAGGAGGGCUGGCUGAAGUACUCUGAUCUCAAGCUGUAUCGCCCUAUUGAGUACGAUACCGAAGAGCAGCCUUGGGAUCCCAUCACCGCGGUUGUGGCGGCGUUACUCGGAGACAUUGGUGCCCUGACCAUGGCAUUGGCAGAUUUUCCGCGAGAGAUAUUCAAGGCCACCCAGGCAAGGAAAGAAGGCACCAAAGCCAGCAGUACAAUCAGCUCACCACCUGGCGAUGGGUCACCCCUCACAACAUCGUCAAGGGCAAUGGCUAGCGCCGAUUCCAUCUCUUUCCAAUCUCUUUACUCCCGCUCUGCCUCGGCCAGCGUCUCCUCAACUACCGGGGUUUCUGCCCAGGGCUCGGUAGAGGCUCUAUCCCCCGCGAUCUUCCCGCAACAAACUCAGAGCCCAACCACUCCUGGCACCCCGCCCAGACCACCCUUGAAUUCCGAAACACCCUCCACAUCCAACACCACCAAGCCGGCGGACCUGGAUAUGGCCAUCGGCGCGGGGAAAGGGGUGAUGCGGAUCGUCGGGGCGGGGAUGAAAUUCCACACCAAUUUCUGCCUGGGGCUGGCGCGCGGGUUUCGCAACGCGCCGAAGCUGUACAAUGACGACACGGUGCGCCCAACCGAGAAGGUGACCGGAUUCGCGAGUGGCGUCAAGGUCGCCGGUAAGGAGUUUGGCCUGGGUUUCUACGACGGCCUGGCGGGUUUGGUCACCCAGCCGAUGAAGGGCGCCGAGAAGGAGGGUGGCAGGGGCCUGCUCAAAGGCAUUGGAAAGGGUAUUGCCGGCUUGGCCCUUAAGCCUGCGGCGGGCAUCUGGGCCCUCCCCGCGUAUGUCUCCCAGGGUAUCACUGUUGAGAUGAGAGGGCUGUUCAAACGUGCCGAGGGCGAGUAUAUCCUCGCCUCAAGGGUCAAGCAGGGCGAGGAGGAUUUCUAUGCUGGCUCCACGGCGGAGGAGAGGCGGAAUAUCUUGGCUAGAUGGCAGGCGCGGGACAUCAGGGAGCAGUUGAAGGGAUUUUGGUCUUUGAAGGAGAAGCAGAAGGAGCAGAAGAAGAAAGAGGUUGAUGACGGUCUAGGGGGCGUGGAGGAGCGGAGAGGGAAUAUUGGUGCUUCUGAGGAAGUGGAACGUGCGUCCGCUGGAAGACCAAGGUGGUUCCGUGGGAGGAGUGGUCAGGGCAGUGUUGUGGGUGCUACUGAUACAACUAGUACGGCUGCUAUGAGCGCGGAAGCAAAUAUCCCUCUCCGUCCGCCUGCUACCGCUAGCUCCGACUCCUCAAGCUACUUCCCGCUUGACGACGAUGAGGCCCUCGAGAGUGCCAUCCUGGAAUCAGUUGCGCAGACGUCGAGGGGAGAUAGGGAAGAAGAUGCGCGGGUGGAGGCCGCCAUCAGGGCGAGCGUGAGGGCGCUGCGCAGCGCAACUGGACCAGGCAGCGAUAGCGGCCAGGUCGCGUGGGAGCCUGAUCGCAAGGUGCUUCCUCAGAUGAUACCGGAACCUCACGCAGGUGAUGGCUCUCAAAUGCACCUUGGAGAAGUACCUCCCGAAGAUGAGGAUUUAAAGCAUAUCACCGACGAGGAGUACCAGGCACUGAUCGAGGAGGCGGUGCGGCGCAGUCUGCUGGAGCAGCAGCAGGAGGAGGAGCAAGAGCAAUGGGGGGAGAUGCUGGCCAAUCCAUCAGCUGGACUGAGCCCAAUUUCAACCACAACGGCAACGGCAACAACGGCCACGGCACAACCUGUAUUUGAGCUGCCUGUGGACAUUCCCAGCGCCGGCCCUGCUACCAUUCCCCCCACCCAGGGCGGCGCCGAUGAUGAAGAGGAACAGCUGCGUCGCGCAAUUGAGGAGUCGGAACGCGAGCACCGCAGCCGUGAGGAGAACUUGCAGCGUCAAAAGACAGAGGAGGAGAUCGUACUGCAAUAUGUCAUGCGGCAGAGCCUGGCUGAGGAGGAAUAUCGGCGGGCUGCUUGGAAGGGCAAGGGUGUUGCUAGACAGGAGCCAGGCGAGCAACAGCAGGAGCCGCAAGAGGAGGAUGAUGAGGAACUGAGGAGGGCGUUGGAAUAUUCCAAGAUGGGUGGCCAGGGUGGUGCAGGGCCGUCGCGGACGCGGUGA